AUCAUUUUCAUGAUGACUAAAAUGGUGGUCAUCAUAAAAUAAUUAAUGUUUAUAUUUUGUAUAUUUAUUCGCUGAUUUAUAUUAUAUUGAUGCAGUAGUAUUUGUUCUUAUAGCAACAUUUCAGUGUCACCAGUGAUUUCCGAUCAAAUAGUGCCUAAGUAUAAUUGAGAAUUGAAUUCCCAACCAUGUCUUCUGAUGAUGAAAAACCUCCUGCGCCCCCUGUACGCUUAACGUCCAACAGGGGGACCGAUCUAGUGAAUAGUUCCAUAGCAGUAGAUAGGCCCCUUCCAAAGGAACCUGAAGACUUUGAUAAAAAGAAGAAAAACCUCAAGUCCAAGAAAACUCACAAGUUAUCAACCUAUUCUUCAGACAAACCCAAUAUCUCUUACCCCACUAAUUUUGAGCACACUGUGCAUGUUGGAUUUGAUCCUGUGUCUGGAGAGUUCACUGGAAUGCCUGAAGCAUGGUCCCGUUUGUUGAUGACCUCAAACAUCAGCAAACAAGAGCAAAAGAACAAUCCUCAAGCUGUAUUAGAUGUCCUCAACUGGUAUGAUAACAGUUCCAAAGAGCCCCCUAAUACCAAGUACAUGACAAAAACAGCCACGACUCAUUCUGGUGGUUCAACUUUGAGUAGAGUUUCAAGUUCAAGUCCUAGUAGUACUACACCCACUGAAGCUGAAGGUGGCCAGCAGUCUUAUCAUAGCCCUGUACAUGUAGCUAGUUCAGAAAUUGAAGAUGAAGCUCCACCUCCUCCUGUUGCUAGCAGGCCAGAGCGUACCAAAAGUAUAUAUACGAAACCCGUGGACGACCUUCCCCCGCCCGUCGACCCGACCACGCCCCCGCCCACUUCUAGCCCCGCCCACCUUAUGCCCUCCCAUGCGGCCAACUCCAACGGCGCGCUCGACAAGAACAAGAACCAGGCGGGGCCGGAGAUGUCGCGCGCCGCCUCGGAGAAGCGCAAGAAGAAGAUGUCCGACGAGGAGAUACUGGAGAAGCUUCGGAGCAUCGUGUCGGUGGGAGAUCCCAAUAGGAAGUACACGAAGUUGGACAAGAUCGGACAGGGGGCCUCUGGCACCGUUUACACAGCAAUAGAAACGGCGACUGGAAUGGAGGUGGCCAUCAAACAAAUGAACUUAUCACAGCAGCCUAAGAAAGAACUAAUUAUAAAUGAAAUUCUGGUGAUGCGAGAAAACAAGCAUGGCAACGUUGUAAAUUAUUUAGACAGUUAUUUAGUUAAUGAGGAACUCUGGGUUGUGAUGGAAUAUUUACCAGGAGGUUCCUUGACUGACGUAGUUACGGAAACUUGCAUGGACGAGGGGCAGAUAGCGGCCGUUUGUAGGGAAGUCCUACAAGCACUAGACUUUCUACACUCUAAUCAAGUCAUCCACAGGGAUAUCAAGUCUGAUAAUAUACUGCUAGGUCUUGACGGAUCAGUUAAAUUAACUGAUUUCGGUUUUUGUGCUCAAAUUAGUCCAGAACAAUCCAAAAGGACGACCAUGGUUGGUACACCUUACUGGAUGGCACCUGAAGUAGUGACCAGGAAGCAAUAUGGGCCUAAGGUAGACGUUUGGUCUUUAGGUAUAAUGGCAAUUGAAAUGAUAGAAGGAGAACCUCCUUACCUGAACGAAAAUCCUCUCAGGGCUUUAUAUCUUAUAGCAACAAAUGGUAAACCAGAUAUAAAAGAAAAAGAAAAGUUGACGCCCUCUUUUCAGGACUUUUUAGAUCAGUGUCUGGCUGUGGAAGUUGAAAGGAGAUCGUCUGCCCGGGAUCUAUUAAAACAUCCCUUUUUGAAAUUCGCGCGACCCCUAGCAAGUUUGACUCCGUUGAUAAUAGCUGCCAAGGAUGCGGCCAAACAGCACUAGCGACAGUGAUAGACACCCCUCGUUAUCCCGUGUAACCACCGUGUAAAUUAUUUAUUAUCCAAGUGACAGACUAUAUCCCAUGUUACUAGAAGUGCAUAUUGCAUCUCAUUUUUUAUUAGAAAGACUUGUAUUAUAUAUGUAUAGGUAGUAAUAAUAGAAUAACCUCGGAAGUAAUUUCGUCAUUGCUUUGCAGUUCUAGUAAUAUAGGUUUUCUAUUAUCUAAGGAACAUACGCAUUUAAUAGCAGUGACGGCUGAUGGCUGGUGUGAAAUGGGGAGUGUUACUACAAUAUGCUACAAUAUAAAUAUCCAGGCAUCUCAUUUUUAGAUCAUCUUGUUAUGGAUUCAGACAAGGCAAUCGAAAUUUGCGCGGUUCUGGUUGAGAGAACGAAUUAAUUUGGUUAAUCUGAAAUUAUGGAAUUCAGAACUUGUCAGAUGGGGGGGGGGGGGGGGGCUCUACCUUAUUGAUCAUCUUGUACCAGCCGUCACUAUUCAAUAGGGAAUCUGGAAAAUGAAAUGAAAUAUUUGACAGGCAAAGAAAACACAAUACACUGCAAACUGAUAUCAGAUGAAUUGAUAGUCAAGGACAUACCUAGAAACAAAUUUUCAUUAGCUUCUGUGGGUGGAAAGUAAAUAAAAAGAAACUCAAUAAUGAGCAUUUGUGUUUUUGUUUUGUAUAACCUACAAGUCCAGGGUUUCUACAAAUACAUAUUGUUCUAAAAAAUUGUUGUUCUAAAAUUGUUCUAUCCGUCAUUCGGUU